AUGCGAGGACUUCUCGAAGACAAAGAAUUCCUAAACAAGCUAAGCAACUCCCAGUACGAUGUUGCUUUGCAUGAGGUUUACGAGCCCUACUCUGCAGCAAUUUUUGAGUUGAUUGGAGUGAAGAAAACAGUCGCAGUGUCCGCCUUUGGAGUGACGCCGUACGUUCACGAAAUCACGGGAGUUCCGGCAAAUCCAAGUUUUGUUCCAGGGAUGUAUUCGACAUACAGUGACUACAUGACAUUUUGGGAACGCCUGAAUAAUUUCAAGUUCGAUGUGGAGUUACAUUAUCGUUAUCGUUACUGGGAACGAGAACUUUGGUCAUAUUUCAAUGACUUCUAUCCAGGAUUUGCCGAUUUUCGCGAUUUGCUCAAGCGGAAAGUUGGAGUAGUCUUGUUGAAUAUCAACGAAUUCAUAGAAACGCCUCGUCCAACAUCGAACGUUAUUCGGUACAUUGGUGGAAUCGCAGUUCAUGCCCCGAAACCACUAGAUAAGAGACUUGAUGCUAUUCUCAAUGAACGAAGCACGAAUGUCCUGCUCUCACUGGGCACUAUUUCUCAGGCUAAGGAUAUGCCUUCAAGGCUCAAAAAAGAUAUAGUUGACGCAUUCUCUGCAUUCUCAAACACGACGUUCAUUUGGAAAUAUGAGAACGAAAGCGAUUCACAUCUGUUCGACAAUCGUCCCAACAUUUACGCCAUGAAGUGGGUACCGCAACUGGACCUUUUAGGUAGGUCGCUCAAUGUCUGCCUUCAUUAG